AUGGACGAGGCGGAGGACGGCGAGGAGGAGCCCAAAUUCCAGCAGCCCAGACCUCCUCAGGUAUCCAGUUUGGAUCAUGGGAGCAGUGGAGGGACUAAGAUGAAGAAAUUUACGCCAGGAGGCGGAGCCGCGUCCACUGCGCGGAAAAACUCCAACAACAACGAGCAGUGGCUCCUGCAAGAGGACGAGGACUCCGGACCUGUAAGUGCCAGUGGCAGCACCACCUCUGCUCUGCUGUGCCGGAGGGAUGCUGCUGCAGGGAACGCACUCCUAGAGGCAACCGUGACAGGAGAAGGAGCCUUCGUUAUGAUAUGCAACAAAAACGGAGACUGUAGAAGGGACCCGGCCAGUUCAGGGAGCCUCUCCUCUCUCAUCUCAAGGCAGGAGAGGAAAACGGAUGGAGUAGCGCCAGCUGAAGACGGGAAGGGGCAGUUUGCAAGUAUGGACGGCUCCAUCACUUCAGUGGGGUCCCUGACACAGGGGCCGGUCGCGGAGGUCAAGACCGCAGCGAUGGAGAAGAAGGACUCCAGAGUUUCCUUCUCCAACGCCCCAACUAGUAAAGGACAAACUCCAAGCCAGCAUUCGAGAAAUUCAGUCACAUUUUCCAAAGCUGAGGAUGGCUCUCAGAUAGUUCCGGAUGAUGGAGACAUCAGGGGGAAUCAGACUUACAUGCAGCGGCAGUUCAGCUCCAUGCUUCAGCCCGGAGUUAACAAAUUCUCCCUGCGCAUGUUUGGCAGCCAGAAGGCAGUGGAGAAGGAACAAGAGCGCGUAAAAUCAGCUGGUAAUUGGAUUAUCCACCCAUACAGCGACUUCAGGUUCUACUGGGACUUCACUAUGCUGUUGUUCAUGGUGGGCAAUCUGAUCAUCAUCCCGGUGGGCAUCACCUUCUUCAAGGACGAGACCACGGCUCCCUGGAUCAUCUUCAACGUGGUUUCCGACACCUUCUUCCUCAUUGACCUGGUGCUGAAUUUCAGGACCGGCAUCGUGUUCGAGGACAACACCGAGAUAAUCCUCGACCCCAACAAGAUCAAGAAGAAGUACCUGAAGAGCUGGUUUGUGGUGGACUUUGUCUCGUCCAUACCUGUGGAUUAUAUCUUCCUCAUCGUGGAGAGAGGGAUGGACUCGGAGGUGUACAAGACGGCCCGGGCGCUGCGCAUUGUCCGCUUCACCAAAAUCCUCAGUCUGCUGCGGCUGCUGAGGCUGUCCAGACUCAUCCGGUACAUCCACCAAUGGGAGGAGAUCUUCCACAUGACCUACGACCUGGCCAGUGCUGUGAUGCGAAUUUUCAACCUGAUUGGUAUGAUGCUGCUGCUGUGUCACUGGGAUGGCUGUCUCCAGUUCCUCGUCCCCAUGCUGCAGGACUUCCCGUCAGACUGCUGGGUCUCCCUCAACAAGAUGGUGAACGACACAUGGACGGAGCUCUACUCCUUCGCCCUCUUUAAGGCCAUGAGCCACAUGCUGUGUAUUGGAUAUGGAAGACAAGCACCGGAGAGCAUGUCCGACAUCUGGCUGACCAUGCUGAGUAUGAUCGUGGGAGCCACCUGCUACGCCAUGUUCAUCGGCCACGCAACCGCACUCAUCCAGUCUCUGGACUCCUCCAGACGGCAAUACCAGGAGAAGUACAAACAAGUGGAGCAGUACAUGUCGUUCCACAAGUUACCAGCAGACUUCCGACAGAAAAUCCAUGACUACUACGAGCACAGAUACCAGGGCAAAAUGUUUGACGAAGAGAGCAUCCUGGAGGAGCUAAAUGAGCCUCUGCGCCAGGAAAUUGUCAACUUCAACUGCCGUAAGCUGGUGGCCUCCAUGCCGCUGUUUGCCAAUGCUGAUCCCAACUUUGUGACAGCCAUGCUGACCAAGCUGAGGUUUGAGGUCUUCCAGCCUUUAGACUACAUCAUCAGAGAGGGCACCAUCGGCAAGAAGAUGUACUUCAUCCAGCACGGCGUGGUCAGCGUCCUCACCAAAGGGAGCAUCGGCAUGAAGCUGAUGGACGGCUCCUACUUUGGAGAGAUUUGUCUGCUGACCCGUGGCAGACGGACGGCCAGCGUGCGAGCGGACACAUACUGUCGCCUGUACUCGCUCUCUGUGGACAACUUCAACGAGGUGCUGGAGGAGUAUCCCAUGAUGAGGAGGGCCUUUGAGACGGUUGCCAUUGACAGAUUGGACAGGAUAGGCAAAAAGAACUCAAUCCUGAUGCACAAAGUUCAGCAUGACCUGAACUCAGGUGUUUUCAACAACCGCGAGAACGAGAUGAUCCAGGAGAUAGUGAAAUAUGAUCGGGAGAUGGUUCAGCAGGUCGAUGUACCACGUCCACGGGCCAUGUCCAUGACGCCUCCUCUACACGGCGGUAUCUUUGAUUCUCCAGGCACGUCUUCGCGUCCUCAGAAUUCAGCAAUUGCCACUCUGCAGCAGGCUGUAGCCAUGAACUUCUGUGCCCCUAUGCAAGGUAACUCGAUGGGAGGGGGGAACCUGCAGUCACCCAGGAUGAUGAGGAGAUUCCAGGUGCUGGAAAGUGUAUCCAGCCCAGUGUCAGCCUCUCCACUGCAGUCUCAUUUCCUCCCUUCUGGUGCCUUUGCCCCUGCCCUGGCCAGCCCCUCUGUCCAGAGCCCCCUGGCACUCGGACGACGAUCAUUCCAGUACGGCUCCAGUAUGGCUGGCCCCACCUCAGGCUCCCAGCUCUCUCUGACCCAGCAGCACAUGGCCAGCCCAGCACACCGGCCCAGCACACACAAGAGUACUCAUUCCUUGCAAAUGGGCGGUUUAAACCAAGACGCCAGGGCAUUGUCAGCCUCUCAGCCCUCACUGCCUCAUGAGGGGGUGCAACCAGGUGCCCCAAGUCCCCCCCAGUCCACACGAGUCUCCUCCACUUCUAUUGGCCCCGCUCAGAUACCAUCGGGUAUCACAGGUGUACGUAGCGCCAUACCACACAGGGUGGUACUGCCCCACCAGAUGUCUGUGGGGGCUUUCCCUGUAGUAUCCCUGCCCCCCGGGUCUGCGCAGGGCUUUGGGGCUGGUGCAGGGCUGGCAGUAGGGGGUGCGGGAACAGGUCUUGGGGACUCAGGACUACCCAAGAGGGACCCUAUUGGGAGCCUUCCUGAGACAGACCACAUCAAUGUCAGAUCCAGGCUUUCCUCAAACUUGUGAUCUUAAUUAAACUCUUCUAGUGGACUCUAAUGAGGGGCUGGACUGCAGGAGCACGGGGGGAUUUCUGCUCUCUCUCCCACAAUCUGUCUGCUCGAGUUUGACUAUCCGAAUGUAUGAAUGAUAAGUGAGUGGCAGCAGGGAGAAACCAAGAGCAGACUGUUCUAACAUAAAGUCUGUAUGAGGACUUUUGAAUCUGCAGCACUGAGUUGUUUCUACUCACAGACUUAGUUGCACAGUUGUAGUAACGUAGCAUCCUCCCAUCUCUAACGUCUUUAUUUACUGUAUUUUACAACAUAGUCAACAACGUACCGUAUCCUCUUUAUUAUCCUUUCAUUCACGUCAUGUAAUGCAAACUUGUGGUCGGGUGGAUGGGACUAAAACUAAAUCAGGGACCUGCUUCAGAUAUCAGAAGUUGUAUUUGAGUUUAACUACUGUGUCUACUAUGAUAUUGUCUGGCUGUAAAAGACGAUCAUCUCGCAAAGGUACAAGUAAUGUAGUUUUUGUAAGAAACCUAAAAAGUUUGAACAUUAAAAGUGUGUUUUUCUUAUAUUUCUUAAGACCAUAGACAAUAUUUGUAAGCACAAAUUCCAAUAUGACCUUAUUAUAAAUAUUUCGAGCCAUAUUAUUCCCAGACUAUUGAACAUAAUUUAAAAAAUCAAACUCUGAUUUUGUGAAUGUUGUUGGCCUCUUUUGUAAGCCUCCCCUGCCUCUGAUAGUCCCCACAAAUAAUGAGCCCCUAAGACAGACAAUGAAUAACCUUCAUACCUAAAGUACAGCUGUGGAACAAAUUUCCAGCCAAGCCAUCGAUCUCUACAGGAAAUUUCCGCUCGUUUGUUUAAUUUAAAGUUGCAUCAAUCAAUAUUUAUUAUAUUUACAGUGGGGAAAAUGACUAAGAGAAAUGUGAAAGGAGUUGCUUGUAUUGAUGAACCCACAGAGAGGGAUCUGUAUCUCCAUUGACCUUCUUUUUUAAAGCAAAUAUCUUUGGUUUUAAAGCUCAUAGAUUUUCUGCCAGUUCAGAUGUAUCACUCAUUAGCCCUGUUUUCAAUAGCGAAAGGCAAAAGUUUUCAGCAAACUUAAACCGUUUGUCGACCUGCAUAUUAAGCAAGCAAGGGAAUCAGAUGUUUACCUCAGGAGUUGAUAUCGACUUAACCAGAAUAAUAUAUAUAUUAAAAAAAAGGUGGCCUGUAAAGAAAGCUCCAGUGGUAUUCAAAUGUGGCUAGUGUCUGCUGAUGUGUAAACAGUUAGUAAAGUAAUAAUGUCAGCUUGUUUUUCGCCAUUGUUUUUCCAUUUUAGCGGCUUAAAAUACAUUGAUGCAGCUUCAAGAUUCAUCAAUCAGAUCCUAUUAAAACAUCCCUGACUCAAAGACACUUCUCUUGACAGCAGAUUAUUUAAAGUGAUAGUUGUAAGACCGUUGUCACGUGAGUAGCAACAGACCAAGUAUUCAAAUGUAUCUAAGAAAUUAUUAUUCACUGCCAGUUAAUUACAACGAAUUUUGUACGACUCAAAAUGUAAAUCCAUUCAAACUCACAUAAUGCAAAUAUAAAUCCAUAUUUUUUUCUAACCCUGGAUCUCACAUUUCUUGCAGCAGCAGCUUGGGCACAUUGUUACUAUGCCAAAGUGAAUUCCAUACAGAUAAUGAAACUGCAGAGCUCAGCCUUACUGUAAACGCUACAGCUUCGAUCAACAGCCAAGGACAGUGCGGAUCCUUUGCAGGGUGUAUAUUGCAGCGUGCCUCUGUCAUUGACGUCUCAAAAAGAGUCCAUCAGAUGCCGCUGAGUUGUGUCCAAAAGCAUUAAAAAGGGGAACAUUUCUGAACCUGACAUUAUACUCGCCACAUCUCAUUAAUGCCUGGACCAUUACUGGGUAAUGACACUGGAAAUUGGAAUUCCUCCGGUCUGUUCGGGACUGUUAUUAUUCUCCUUUCAAUGGUUUCCAUAUUUCAGUGUCAGUGAUUUGCAUUUUCGUUUUGCUUAGUUUCAGUCCCUGCGUUGUUAUCCACCUUGAGAGUUCCAAAUGGUACAAGGUUGAAGGUUUGUAAGUAUUUUUAUACAGUGUUUUUGAGAUCUGUUGUGUUUUUGUUCUAAGCCCAAAUUAUGCCCUUUGGAACCUAUUUGAAUGCCUUGAAAAAUAAUGAAUAUCGAGGCUUGUUAUGGUAAUAGUGUUUUACUGAACUUCUCAUUGUGUCCUGGAGAGAACGUCUCAGGACAAGCAAUGCCUUCAGUUACAAAACAACUUCAUGGACAUUUUUACUUCAUUAGAAAGCACACAGUAGAGGAAGAUGAAAGGAUACGGAAAGGAUGAAUUGCAAAAAAACAAAGGGUCGGUAGCUAAACCUACAACACAAGCAGAUAUAAGUAACUCCCAUGUUCCCAAACAACCCCACACUUUUAAUAAAAGCUGAAGAACGAACAAAGUGAAACCAAAGUUUCUGUUUAUGUAUGCAAAUGUUUAAACCUGUUGAAUUAUUCUGACUGAAUAACUAACUGAAGGUACUAAUCAGAUUACACUUAAUACGUUUGGUAAUAUUGACAGCAAUAAGUGUUUGAUAAAGAGUCAGUGGUCCGAUUAAGUUCUGCUUUAUUGUUGAGAUGUUGAUGGAGAUUCAAUAUUUUCCCAAACUUUACAAGAUUAUGUUUAAAGCCGGAUUUUGUAGCUACCGUUUGCAUUAAAGGACAUGUAUCACUUCGUUCCCUACAGUCGCUCACAGUUUAUAUAAUACUCUGCCAGAUGCUCUGCAUGGUUUCUCCUAUUGUGUAGGUUUUAUUUGUUUAUUUAUUUUUCUAAUCUCCUUCCACAGUCCAUCUGCAAAUGCUAGACUUUUUGACAAAUGCUUCUGCUUGAUGAUUUUGCCUUUUAUUCUAUAACCUCUGAAAUCUAAUUAGCAUGUUGCCCAGAACCCUUUAAAUGCACUUUUCUCUCUUUUUGCAACUUUACAAACACAUUUAUUAAUUUCUUAUUGUAAGCAGCUGUUCUAACACACACACACACACACAGACCUGCGUCAGCAACACCAACAGAAGCAUUUGUGUUAGCCAAAUUGUGACACUUUCCUUAUUGACCUUUCUUUUCUGUCGCCAAUGUAUGGAAGAUGAUGAGGGCCACAAGUGAGGUUUUUUAAAAGAUCUGACCUAAAGUGAACACGUUGUUUUUGUUCUGAGAAAAAAUAUUAUAUAUCUUUUCUAAAAUCUCAGAAUUCUGACCUUUACCUCAGACUCAUAGGAAAAAUGUCAGUAAAUAAAUGUCUCUUUUGGUCCAAUCUCACAAUAAAUUUGUCAAAUGUGGCCCUAUCCACUUCCGCCCAAUUGCUACAGCGUUUGCAGAGUUACUAUCCUUCCAUUUGAAUGUGUCUUUGGAUUAGUUAGUUAGUAGUAGUAGUAUGGUAAAAUAUGGAGAUCAGGGCGUUUGAAAAGUUUACAUACAAGGGCUGUUCUUUGGAUUGAGGAAACAUGUAAUCCUGUCAUCUAAAUGUAGAUGAUUUCUCUCUUAUUGGAGUAUAACAUAAUCUUUAUACUACUUGUUCCUGUACUGAACAGUAAAAUACAAAACAGUGACCACUGCACUAAUUGUUAUUACUUUACGUUCUGACUUUUUCGCUUUCUUUCUUUCUUCUCUCAGAUCUCAGAUAAUUAAAUGACAUUCGAUAAUACAGUGACUCGGUACAAAGCAAACUCCAAUUCAUACCUAAACACUACAGAAAAAUGUAGUGUAUAGUCUAAUGUAAUACAUUCAUAAAUGAAUACAUUCCCUUGUAUCUCAGGCAGUCGCUGUCGUUGAAAUCAGACACUAGCAGUGCAGUACAAGUGUUUCUGUGUCAGGGGCCUGAUUUUCUUUUUCUGGGUCUCUCUAUAGUUGUCACAUCCCAUAAAGUUUACCAUGCAUACCUACAGUAGUGCCUAGCAUACACUUAGUCCCUGCAUACUUUAUUCCUUGUGUGGGUGGCUGUAGAAAUAUAUAUUUUUAAUGUAAGCUCCUCCUAAUACACUCAUCUCUGUCAGUUAUAUCUAUCUGCAACACAUGUAGAACAUAAAAUAAAUUGUGUUUCAGUACAGAAUGAUUCCUCUGCUGCGUGUUUAGUCAACAAAAAUAGGUUUAAAACUAUUCUUAUUAGAAGCAGAUCAUUACUGCACUAAAGGCAUGUGAUGGUGAAUGUCUCUGCUUUCUGUUAGACAUUAUAUUACAGUGUGUGUCAGAGUUACAAUGGCAUAUGAAUCUUUGUUAUAAUUGUUUACAAACUUACAUAUUUAAUAUAAUCUGAUUAUUUGUCUGGUUAUC